AUGCCUUCACCUAAUAAAGGUAAAUCAAGUGGAAACCCAAGAUGCCCGGAAUGUGGCAAUCAUUAUGUAGAUAUACACAGACAUGUUAGAAGGAUUCAUAGGACAGAUUUAAGCUCAUUAAACCAACUAGUUUUUCAAAGAAAAAACAAACCCCCAAAAAAUAAUCCAUAUCAAACUACGACUAGAAAAGAAAGAAGAAAUGAAAUAUUAUAUAACAAAUCCCAAUUACUUAAACUAAUUGAUGGAUAUGUUAGGGUUCUUCGUAAUCAAAAACGAAAUGGACUUGAAAACAGUAGUUUAAUAAAUGAAGAAAUUAAAUGGUUCAACAAUUUGAGAGUGCAUACUAAAGAUUUGGAUAAGAACGAUCUUUCACUUUUUAAAUCGAAAUAUUCAGAUUUUAAUAAAGAAAAAUAUGAGAUAACGAUAAUAGAACUUGAUCAAAAGAAUGAAGAAAUCAAUAAAUUGACAAAAAGUGGUUCUGAUUUAAACUUGGCCAAUGAGACUAAGGAUACCAUGAUCAUAUCCUUAGAAGCUCAAAUUAAAGCAUUAAAGAGCGAAGCCGAAGUUUUAAGAAUUAAUUUUGAUUUGGCAGAUUCUGAAAGGAGUAGAAAUGCAACAAAUAUGUAUGAUUUGGAAUUGAAAUUAAAUGAUGUGAAUAAUAAACAUUCUAAUUUAGUGGAAGAUCAUAAACUCGAAACACAAUGGAGUGACCAAAAAGAAACCGACCUUCAUAAACAGAUUGACCUUUUAAAACAUCGGAUCGAGGAGUUAGAAUCUUCUUUAGACAAGUUAUCAAUAUUAAUUGAUAUAUCAAAAGAUUUAGCUAAAAUCCACAAAGCAAUU